UCUCUGUCAUCGGAGAUCUCAACCCCAGAUCCUCAAGGCAGAUGGCCUCCAUCUUCAGCACCUUCAAGGUCCCACAGCUAGGUGUUGGCUUUGAGUUCACUCAGGGAGAGAGAAGAGUUUAUCCUUCCUUCUUCUGGAUUAAUCCCAGUGAAUUUGCUCAGUAUGUGGCUUUAGUGCAGCUGCUCCUGUAUUUCCAAUGGAACUGGGUUGGGCUGGUAGCCCCUGAAGAUGACAGAGGAGAACGUUUCGUCUCAACUCUGACGCCAAUGCUCCAGGAGAAGGAGAUCUGCGUGGCCUUCACUGAAAAGUUGAAAUCAAAUUUUCUUAAUACUCCAAAGUUGAAAAUACUGCACAUUUCGGAGACUUGGACUAAAGCUGAAGUGAUUGUUCUAUUUGGAGACUCCAAUAGCAUUAGAAAUGUACAGGUGACAAUGAGUAUCUAUGAACAUUUGAGAAAGACAUCAUUUCGGAAAGUUUGGAUCUUAACUUCCCAUUGGAAACUUAGUGUGGUCAGUAUUCAAGACGUAUCGAAAGCAGUAAAGCCCUUCCAUGGGGCUUUGCAUUUAAGGCCCCACACUGGGGAUGUCUCAGAAUUCAGUCAUUUCCUCCUGUCUUUAGACCCUUUGAAGCCACAAGGUGACAUCUUUCUCCUAUUAUGUUGGGAAAAGUUGUUUGGCUGCAGGACCCACAAACCAGGCAGGAUCGUUCCAAAGGGGAAGAAACAAUGUACAGGAAGAGAGAAUUUACAAAGUUUACCUUCUUACAUUUUUGAAACAAGCAUGGAAGGAGAAAGUUACAACAUCUACAAUGCCAUUUAUGCUGUGGCACACGCAUUACAUGCAAUGCAUGGAUCUGUAGCACAACCAACAACAAUGGGGCUUGGAAAGAGGAUGUCAAAUAUUCAGUCAUGGCAGGUAAUCCCAGUGACUUUUUAUCUGAUCCACAGAUCAAAUAAAUGAUAGGUAGUUGUCUAGGUAGAAAACUACCACUAGGCAUUUCUUGAUCUACUGAUUAAAUAUCUGUAUUUAAAAUGUACCUAAGAAGAGAUUAAGAUAGCAAUUAUGGAAAACUGUCAUUUGAAUUAAGUACCGGUAAGAGGUUUUUUUUUUUUUUUUUUUAUUGAAAUGUUUUAAAAGUUUUUACAAA